AUGGCUGUAGCUAUCUUGUACCGUAUCUGGCGCGCAAGGAACAACGCAGUGUGGGAUGGCUUUCUCCCAACGCCGAGGAGAUUGGUGGCUACUGCCGCGGCUACGCUGCAUGCGUGGACGGCGGUGAAUGCGCCUCAGCAUCAGGUGGCUCAAGCUGCGUCGCUGGUGGAAGAAGUGCAGCACGUUCACCACACUGCUACUCUGAGAUGCUACGUUGAUGCCAGCUUCCAUCACAACACUCUCAAGGCGGCUUUCGGGNAAGGGCUCUCUCUGUUGCUUCAGAAGGCUCAAGUUGAAGGGGCCAUACAUGGGUGCAGGGUGGCUAGAGGUGCUCCUCCUAUCUCACAUCUUUUCUUUGCAGAUGACAGUCUCUUAUUUUUUAAGGCCAAUACUCAAGAAGCAGGGGUGCUAGGUGUUAAUCAGGCCUCUAAUUUUGGGAAGUACCUGGGCCUUCCGGCAUUUGUGGGAAGGAAUAAGAGGAAUGCUUUCUCUUAUAUUGAAGAUAAAAUUAAGCAAAGAAUUGGUUCUUGGAAUAAAAAGUUGUUAUCUCAGGCAGGGAAAGAAGUCUUGUUGAAAAGUGUGGCCCAAGCUAUGCCUACCUUCUCAAUGGGGGUUUUUCUGCUCCCUGAUUCGAGAAAAGGAUCCAUUGGAGGGCAUAGGAGUGUGCCUAAAAAGUUUGGUGGACUGGGGUUCAAAGAUCUUCGUGCCUUUAACUUGGCUAUGCUGGGUAAGCAGGCUUGGAGGUUCUUAACAAUGCCUCACUCCCUUGUUGCUAGAGUAUAUAAAGCAAGGUACUUCCCCAAAUCCUCCUUUGUUGAUGCUACAGUGGGAAACUGUCCUAGUUACUGUUGGAGAAGUAUUAUGGCUGCCCAUGACUUGGUAUGCCAAGGUGUGAGAAGAAGAAUUGGGGAUGGGAAAUCAACGUUAAUCUGGGGCCAUCCCUGGCUCCCUGAUGACCUUAACCCAAUGAUUAAUACGCCUAUGCCCCCACAGUUGUCUGGCUCUCUUGUUGCAGGAUUGAUUGAUGAAGGCUCAAGCUCCUGGGAUUAUUCUAUUCUGACUGAUAUUUUCGCCCCAGAUGAUGUGACUCGUAUUAUGAGAGUGCCUAUCUCCCCGGGCUAUGAGGACUCAUGGUAUUGGUUUGGAGACCCGAAAGGCUGUUAUUCGGUCAAAGGGGGCUAUCGUUUUAUUGUUGGUAACUAUGAGGGUUCACCAAACUGCUUUGUUGAUUGGACCUCUUUGUGGAAAAUUAAAGUUCCUCCCAAAUGGAAGACAUUUUUGUGGAGGGCCCUCAAUGACAUCCUCCCGGUGACUACUAAUUUGCUUUUAAAGAGGGUUGAGGUGAAUCCGGAAUGUCCAAUGCGUGGGUUGAGUCAUGAGAAUACAAUGCAUGCACUAAUUUUAUGUGAUUUCUCACAACUAGUUUGGCAUGAAUCACUUUUACCUUUCUCUAGCAUUGUUGGUGACUCAUUUAAUCUGUGGUGUGCAAAUAUGAUGAGUUCCUUGACCGAAGAAAAUGUUUGUAUGGCUGUAGCUAUCUUGUACCGUAUCUGGCGCGCAAGGAACAACGCAGUGUGGGAUGGCUUUCUCCCAACGCCGAGGAGAUUGGUGGCUACUGCCGCGGCUACGCUGCAUGCGUGGACGGCGGUGAAUGCGCCUCAGCAUCAGGUGGCUCAAGCUGCGUCGCUGGUGGAAGAAGUGCAGCACGUUCACCACACUGCUACUCUGAGAUGCUACGUUGAUGCCAGCUUCCAUCACAACACUCUCAAGGCGGCUUUCGGGGCUGUUCUCGUAACGGCUCACGGUGGUUUUGUGGCUGCAUGUGGAGGGCCUUUGCCGGAUUGUUUCUCUCCUCUCAUGGCGGAAGUUGCUGCGUGUAAAGAAGCAUUAGCUUGGCUCAAGAACAGGGGCAUCGACUUUGUUCAUCACAGUGCUCUACAAAGGCCGGAGGCCUCUCAUUCCUACGCUGGUUUAUUUAUUGAUGCUUGCAAGACUUUUUUAUCUUCAUUUUUGAAUUGUCAUAUUAGUUUGAUUUCUAGAGCUUUGAAUUCCUUGGCUCACACUCUAGCUGUUUCUGCUGGUUCUCAGGCAUCCAUUUUGUAUUGGGACUCUGUCCCUCCAAACACUAUUGCUUUACUUUUAUAA